AUGGCUGGGGGGUCGCUUGUCGUCGGACUCCUGGCUAGUGAGGAUGUCAAAUUUGGACCCAAAAAUAUCAACGUUACUGUCCGCUCUGAAGAGCAGGCCAGAUACUUUGACAAGCUGGGCGUGAACGCCUUCCAGUGUUCGUUGCUUGACGAGGACGAGAUAACUAGCAUUGUGCUCGACAGAAAUGUCGACAUCGUUGUCCAUUGUGCAAGUUCACUGGAUCCAAGUCUCGCCUUCCCUUUGAUCUUGGCUCUACAGAAGAGGCGCAAGUCUAUCAUACGGAUUAAGAAGAUGAAUUCUCAUUGGACUCAGACAGCUGGAAUGGGAGCCUUCAGUAAAGAAGCAGGCUGGCCUCAUGGUCCCGUGAAGGAUACUGGUCCAGUCUUUGAGCUCGAGAAACAGAUCCCAGGAAAAGAUGCAUUUCCGGUGACAAGAGUGAGCGUUGCUAUAACUGAGUUCGCAAAGAAGGCGAAUGUGGCAUCCUUCAUUAUCUUUCCGCCUCUCGUUUACGGCCGAGGCACUGGUCCAUACAAAAAGUUGUCCGUUCAAGUCCCUGGACUCGUUCGUGCCAGUAUCUCACAGAAGGCGGUAUACAAAUUCGACUACCAAGGUCGCUGGCCGGCGGCGCAUAUAUCUGAUGUAGUAGACUACUACAUCCUCCUCACCAAGCUCAUUAUCGAGGGGAAGAAUCCUGAAAGCGGCGAAAGGGGCUACUACUUUGCAGCAGCUCAUUAUUUGAGCUGGUGGGAGAUCAUGGAGGCCUUGGCCAAGUCUCUCCACGCCCGUGAUCUCGUCAAGGAACCGACAGUGGCUGUCUGGCCAAGCGUGGAGCUUGCUGAACAGGCCCUCGGUUUUCCGUCGCCAUACUUGCAGAUCGCAUUUAGUUCAAGCCCUCAAGGUGUUGCGGAUAAAAGGUACAGUAUUGGGUGGGAGCCAAAGUGGACUGCUGACGAUUUCUUCAAAAUCGUUGAUGACGAGGUCCAAAGCGUCCUUGACCUUGAUGUAGCCCGUGCUACCAUAGCGGAUUUCUUUACGAAGGGCCCAGCCAAAGGAGGGAGACAGUGA